AUGGAUUGGAAGGCGAAGACCAAGAAGAAGAGAGAAGCGGAAGGGACACUGGUCGUCCUUGCCGCGUCUACUCCGGAGUCAGUGAGUCAACGGGGUCAGAGCCGAACUGCAAUCCGCUUGGUCAGCACGUCUGUCUGUCUGUCUGUCUGUCUGUCUCCUCUCUCAGUACCUUAUGGUCUCGUCCGGCAUGUUUGGGCUGUCUGCUCCCAGCGAGCUCAAGGCUCCGAACAGUUAAUUGCGGCACUCGCUCACCAUGAAAUGAAUGGUAGAAUUCAGAGCUCGGAUAUUAUCCGCUAUUAG